GAAAAGGGAUUUCAGUUAAAUAAAACCCAUGAUAAAAAGAUUCAAUUUUGUUGCCAAAAAAAUGAAUAAGAAAAGGGACCUUGAUUGAAAUCCAUGAGGGUAAUGGACCAUUUUGGGGGGGUCACUCUUUGAACCCUGUGGUUUUUUUCCCCACCUAUCUGAAUACAUCCAUUUUCUCUUCCCCAAAUGCAGCAAGAGAAAGCCCUCUUUUUGUAGGUGUUUUCUCAUCACCAUCAUCAACAACCCAUCCUUCUCUCUCUUGAUUCCCUGGAAGGAAGGAUGCCAAGACCCUAUGAGUGUGUGAGAAUGGCUUGGCACAGUGAUAGGCACCACCCCAUCAGGGGUUCUCUCAUUCAAGAAAUUUUCAGGAUUGUGAAUGAGGUCCAUUGUUUAGCUACUAAGAAGAAUAGGGAGUGGCAAGAAAAACUCCCCAUUGUUGUGUUGAAAGCUGAAGAAAUCAUGUAUUCUAAAGCAAACUCUAAGGCUGAGUAUUCUGAUCUUGAUACACUUUGGGAAAGAGUAAAUGAUGCCAUUGACACCAUAAUCAGAAAGGAUGAGACCUCUGAAACUGGGGAAUUCUUGCACUCUUGUAUUGAAGCUGCAUUGCAUUUGGGUUGCACUCCUAGGAGAUCAUCGAGAAGCCAACGUAACGGUUCGCCUAGAUGCUACCUAAGGCCGGAUAAUGUAGAGGGUGGUUUUGUUUCUCACACCAAUUUGAGCUUGGAGAUUUAUGGAAAAUUUGCUAAGAUUAGCCCCCUCAUCCUCCAUUGCCCACACUACUCAACACUCGAUGCCAAGAAUCCCUCACCUUCGUGCAUCAAGGGUCACGGUUGUAGUUUUCAAUCAAGAAAUCCCAGUCAUGUCAAAAAAACUGUCAUGCUGCCCAACAAUUCUGUUCCGGGUGAUGACCAAGCUUCUAACUCAUCGAAACCGUGGCAUGUGUUUCCUUUGCACUAUGGUGAUGAUCUUGAGCCUUUGACAGCUUCGUUUACCAAUCCCCAACUCGUGGAUAGUGAUAAAAUUGGUCCCCAACGAAGUUAUCCCGCCUUAACUUUGGAUGCUCGUUGUCCAUCCAAUCAUGAAGAAAUAGAGCAGCAGGUCGACUGCGACUUAACAUUGCGGCUGGGUUCUCUAGUAGCUCCUCAUGCUAGUAUUGAGAAUAGUUGUCCUCUACGAGUGCAAUAUGGCAAUAGGAGCACUGUGGAUCGGAUCAAAUCCAAGAGCCAUCGUCUCAAGGAUUGAACCACGAUCUGUCAAGCAGGCUUGUUUUGAUGAGAAUAAUAUGCUGACAUUGUACAGUGGGGAAUGGUUUGUUAUUAUCAGCUCUUUUCGUUGAUGAUGAUCUCCGAUGCUUUUGUAACUAAAAAUCUGCUUUCAUCAGGUACAUUCUAGGUUGGUUAGUUUGUGCAUCAAAUAUGUGAAUUGCUCGUUCAUAGUUAUUUCUAAUUAGAGGGAUUCACUCAGAUUGAUUGUUAGUUUCUGUCAGCAGGCAUAGAAUAGCUCGUAGAUUUGCUAAAAAACCUCGAUUUGUAACUUAUAUGACUAAUGAAGUGCAGAAUCUACAAUAGUUUUUUGCUCUGCCUUGAAUGGACAUCUUUUA